ACACACACACUCACACAGACUGACGUCUUUUGCGCAUUUCCUGCAUUAGAGGGAGGGAGAAUCGCUCGCGAGGCGAUCAAGGGAAGGAGAUCGCGGGCUGAGUGCUCUGGCGGGCGGCGAGCCGGCGACAGCCGAGAGCGCGGACGCGGGGAGCGCGGCGGGCGGGCGGGCGGGCGGGCGCCGGCGGCCGGGAGGAGGGGCCGCGCCGAGUCGCAGUCCCUGCCCCGCCGCCGCGCUGCGCACCGCCGGGUGCCGGCCUGCGCCCCGAGCCCGAGUGGCGGCCACCUCUACCUCCCGAGCCCGCGCGGAUGUGAGAUCCCGGGAGCCGGGCGCCUCCCGAUCGCCGGCUGCUGUGCUCCACUGCUUGGCCCAGGAGGCGGCGGCCCGGCUGACUGUGAGGCUUGUGGAUUUUUAAAAAAUUUGGCUCCGGGGAGGACCAUUUCCUCUCGACAUGCAUCCCUCCGGAUAGACUGCACAUCCUUCAGUCCACCCUCCGCCCCGCGCUGUCCGAGGCAGGCGCUGGGUGGGCGAAGAGGAUCCGGGUUGAAAUCUGCGCCCCCGGUUCUCGUCCCCGCCCCGUCCCGCCGCCCCCUCCCCCUCCGGGACUCGAAAUUGCCGGGGGAUUAUGUUUCGGAAAGGUAGGUGAGCGCCGGGCGCGGCGCCUGCUUCUCCGCACACGGACCCGGAGAACCAGCGAAGCAGCGAGACAGCCCCCGCGGCUUGCAGCGGAGGCGACAGCUCGUCUCCCCCCGUGGAGGUGUCUCCGGUGGUGGGGGGAGAGACUUGCUCCAAAAACGGACGUCUCCAGCUCUCCCCCCUCCCUGUUUUCCGUUAGGAAUCCGGCGAGGAAAUACAUGCACUCACUGAGAAUCGCCGGCGCCAGGGCGCAGCGCCACAAGGUGUAACGAGAGAGUGGGGUGGGGCGAGAGGGGACCCAGGAGUCCCCCAGGCUCCCAGCGCGCCUGCUGCCUGCUCUUCAUUCCUGCCCUCGGGGCGGACAGAGUGACCCCGGCUCCAGUUCCCUGCCCCGACCAUGGUAGUGUUCAAUGGCCUUCUUAAGAUCAAAAUCUGCGAGGCCGUGAGCUUGAAGCCCACAGCCUGGUCGCUACGCCAUGCAGUGGGACCCCGGCCACAGACUUUCCUUCUGGACCCCUACAUUGCUCUCAACGUGGACGACUCGCGCAUCGGCCAAACAGCCACCAAGCAGAAGACCAACAGCCCGGCCUGGCACGAUGAGUUCGUCACUGAUGUGUGCAAUGGGCGCAAGAUCGAGCUGGCUGUCUUUCAUGAUGCUCCUAUAGGCUACGACGACUUCGUGGCCAACUGCACCAUCCAAUUCGAGGAGUUGCUGCAGAAUGGGAGCCAUCACUUCGAGGACUGGAUUGAUCUGGAGCCAGAAGGGAAAGUGUAUGUGAUCAUCGAUCUCUCGGGGUCAUCAGGUGAAGCCCCUAAAGACAAUGAAGAACGAGUGUUCAGGGAGCGUAUGCGGCCAAGGAAGCGGCAAGGGGCUGUCAGGCGCAGGGUCCACCAGGUCAAUGGCCAUAAGUUCAUGGCCACCUACCUUCGGCAGCCCACCUACUGCUCCCACUGCCGAGAUUUCAUCUGGGGUGUCAUAGGAAAACAGGGGUACCAGUGUCAAGUUUGCACUUGCGUUGUCCACAAGCGAUGUCAUGAGCUCAUUAUUACGAAGUGUGCCGGGCUAAAGAAACAGGAAAUCCCUGACGAGGUGGGCUCCCAACGGUUCAGUGUCAACAUGCCCCACAAGUUCGGGAUCCACAACUACAAAGUCCCCACAUUCUGUGACCACUGUGGGUCCCUACUCUGGGGCCUCUUGCGACAGGGCCUGCAGUGUAAAGUCUGCAAAAUGAAUGUUCACCGUCGAUGUGAGACCAACGUGGCUCCCAACUGCGGGGUGGACGCCAGAGGGAUUGCCAAAGUGCUGGCUGACCUCGGCGUUACUCCAGACAAAAUCACCAACAGCGGCCAGAGGAGGAAAAAGCUCGUUGCUGGUGCCGAGUCGCCACAGCCGGCUUCUGGAAACUCUCCGUCUGCAGAUGAUCGAUCCAAGUCAGCGCCCACCUCCCCUUGUGACCAGGAACUAAAAGAACUUGAAAACAACAUCCGGAAGGCCUUGUCGUUUGACAACCGAGGAGAGGAACACAGAGCAUCAUCAUCUACCGAUGGCCAGCUGGCAAGCUCCGGAGAGAACGGUGAAGUCCGGCAAGGCCAGGCCAAGCGCUUGGGCCUGGAUGAGUUCAACUUCAUCAAGGUGUUGGGCAAAGGCAGCUUUGGCAAGGUCAUGCUGGCGGAACUCAAGGGCAAAGAUGAAGUGUAUGCUGUGAAGGUCUUAAAGAAGGACGUCAUCCUGGAGGAUGACGACGUGGACUGUACCAUGACGGAGAAGAGGAUUUUGGCUCUGGCACGCAAACACCCUUACCUAACCCAACUCUAUUGCUGCUUCCAGACCAAGGACCGCCUCUUCUUCGUCAUGGAGUAUGUCAACGGUGGAGACCUCAUGUUCCAGAUUCAGCGGUCCCGAAAAUUCGACGAGCCUCGUUCCCGCUUCUAUGCUGCAGAGGUCACGUCUGCUCUCAUGUUCCUCCACCAGCACGGCGUGAUCUAUAGGGAUUUGAAACUGGACAACAUCCUUCUAGAUGCGGAAGGUCACUGCAAGCUGGCUGAUUUUGGAAUGUGCAAGGAAGGGAUUCUAAAUGGCGUGACAACUACCACCUUCUGUGGGACUCCUGACUAUAUAGCCCCUGAGAUCCUGCAGGAGCUGGAGUACGGUCCCUCAGUGGACUGGUGGGCCCUGGGGGUGCUGAUGUAUGAGAUGAUGGCUGGGCAGCCCCCCUUUGAAGCCGACAAUGAGGACGACUUGUUUGAAUCCAUCCUUCACGAUGACGUGCUCUACCCUGUCUGGCUCAGCAAGGAGGCUGUCAGCAUCCUGAAAGCUUUCAUGACCAAGAACCCCCACAAGCGCCUGGGCUGUGUGGCAGCCCAGAACGGGGAAGACGCCAUCAAGCAACACCCAUUCUUCAAGGAGAUUGACUGGGUACUGCUGGAGCAAAAGAAAGUCAAGCCCCCCUUCAAGCCGAGAAUUAAAACCAAAAGAGAUGUCAAUAAUUUCGACCAAGACUUUACCCGGGAAGAGCCAGUACUUACACUUGUGGAUGACGCAAUAGUAAAGCAGAUUAACCAAGAGGAAUUCAAAGGCUUCUCCUACUUUGGUGAAGACCUCAUGAUGCCCUGAGAAGCUGCUUCUGGUGGAGUUAGCUCACACUGCAGGAGGGUGCUGAGAAAAUCCCGUGUUGCAGAGGCUCAGAAGGUCUCGAACUCUUCCUCCUUUUCCGGAGCCCCAGUCCCGUGUCCACUCUAUUUAUUGCGAUCCCUCCUCCCAGGCCAUGUCCUUCCCCACCCUCCCAGUGACCAGAAGGCACUCUUGGGUCUAGACUCAACCAGGAACACAGAUGGUUUGAAUCGUAUCUGCUCUGUGGGUAGCUGUGCACAGUGCUGGAUUUGGAUUGUCCGUCCAUCAGCCACGCUGAAGCAACUUCAGUUCCUUUAUCACAAAGGGAUCAAACAAACCCAACACGAAGACUCUGGCUCUGCCACUGGCUAUGAACCCCUGACUCUGCUUUUUUCUCAUUCCUCCUGUUCCCUAGCCUGCCAUCCCUGCCCUUCUACCUAGGACAAGAGACUGGUGCUUCUUCCUGUGAGGGCAGGUGCCCCAAGGCAUGCCCUUGAUGAGAGGAGCCUGGGGAUGCUCAGACUGGCUGACUGUGUCAGUUUGCUCUGGAAUUGCACAUUCCUGCUUGCUUUGGUUUUAGCUUUUUCUGAGCAUGCCAAAGUUGUGUACGUUUGUAUCUCAUGGAAGAAAUCAUUUUGAUUUUGAACGCUUAAAAUUUAAAAAAAAAAAAAAAAAAAAAACUGUUACCAGG